UGAUCGGCAUGUAUAUAUCGCAAAGACCAACACAAAGCACUUACAGACUGUUCAAUAAUAAAAUUUAAAUAUUACUAGACGCGAAUAUAUAUACUCUAUAUAGACUGAUAAACUAAAUAUAAAGUCCAAUAUAAUAAUUAGUUAACUCACAUAUUGGAUUAGCGUUGGUGGAAUCAUAUAUGAUUAUAAAACUAAUUGAUCAUUGUUAGUGAAAUUUGGGUAGAGCAGACUUUUUAAUUUACAAUGCUAAUUAAAGAUUAGAUGGCCGGUUUUUAUUUCUUAUUAAAUUCCGUGAUCCAUCGCCACGUUCGCACAAGGAGCCGUCAUACGUUGUCCGUCGCUGGUCAGUCCAUCCCUUCCCGUUUAAAGCGGUUUUUUUAAUACGUAUUAUCUUUAUUAUAUACUCCAAAAUACAGUGAUUUGUUAAUAAAAGAUCAAUUAUUAAAAUUUAUAAUAAUGCUGACUUAAAAUUUAGACUGUAAAACCUAGAUAAAAACUAUACAGAAACAAACCAAACUAGAUUCAACUCGGUUUUGAUUAAUGAUGUGUUUGUUUGGCAGAGAAGGCUGUACCGUACACAAUUUUUUCUUGUUUGAACAGUUGUUUUAAGUUUUAACCAAAAGGGCAAGCUAAGAGCGCAUGAAUCUCCGUCACUUGACCGCCUGAAUCUCCGCGUUGCUUCCUGUUUCUUUAAUGUUUCUCCCUUUAUUUUAAAAUCUACAGUAAUAAAAUACUUCAAGAUGUGUUAACCAUAGUUAAUCGUUAAUAACAAAACAUAGUUAAAUAGUCAACUUUGUUAACUAACUAUAGUUUACAAUUGAACUAAUCUCAUCCACUUCGUAUUUGAUGCCCCAGACAAUUCUAUAUUACAAAAUACCAAGUUGCCUACGCGUUAUAAUAGGGACAUACACUUUGAAUGGUAAACGCUAAACGCAGCUAGUAGCACUUAAUUGUAUAUGUUAACUUUUCAUUAGUUAAUGACUUGAUGUCUUGGUCCACAGUAUUAGUAAUGGACCUAAUUCACAUCCAAAAGUUAGUUCAUCAAUGAAGGAUUGCCCAUAUACAUAUAUAUUGUCCAAGAACCAUAUCACCACACGAUGUGGGAUUUUAAUAGGCUCCCUCGAGAUGUGGGUGAGAAACAGUCCAAGCCCAACGUCUCAGAAAUACCACAGCAAUAUGGGCCAAUUGUACAAACUAUAUAGGUAGGAAACUGUUUAUGUGGGAAAUCAUAUGUUGGAUCAAACCAUGUACUAUGAUAUCAUAUUAGUGAUGUGUCUCACUCAUACCCAAACGCUAGCUUAUAAGUGAAGGAUUGCCCAUACACAUAUAUAUUGCCCAAAAAGCAUGUCACCACACGAUGUGGGACUUUAAUACACAGGAAGGCUGUCUUCAUCCAUAGCAGUGUAAUUAAUCGUUUUAUAAAAAACACAUGAAACCAGAUCAAACAAAUUAUAUAUUGUGUCCAGUGAUUUAUUAUGCGAGAAGACACACACUAGUACAAUUGUAGAUUCUUCAAUAACAUAUAUAUUUAACCAUAUCUAGAACCCCAUUAACGUUUUUGUGCAUCUCGACAAUAUAAUAAGAGACCUAUUAUAUGAGUAAGUUAGACUCGAAUUCGAUUAAUUUAUACAUCUACAACACUACAUUCACAAACAAUAACCUUAUAAUAACAAUAAUUGUCUCUUGGGGCCAUAGGGUGAAGACUUGGUCUUCUACUUCUUUUCCCCUUUCUCUACUUCAUUUCUAAGCUUUCUAUAUAUUUUCUUCUCUACUUUUUAUAAAAUUUCCGCUUGUCUGCUAUCUCUUACAUUAAAUCUAAACCUAAAUCAUUAGAAUCCCUAACUAAGCUUUAAUAAUCCCUAAUCCUCCGUUUAAAUAUUAUUUUUUUUCUCUCUUUGCUAUUAGCAUGUCUGGUCUCAAUAUGGGGACAACCUCUCGUUACGUCCAUAACGUCGACGGCGGAGGUGCUGGCCAGUUCUCCACCGACAACCACCACGAAGAUGACGGUGGCGCUGGAGAAAACCACCAUCAUAACCUUCAUAACCAUCAUCAAGGUUUAGAUUUAAUAGCUUCUAAUGACAACUCGGGUCUGGGCGGCGCCGGAGGUGGUGGUGAAGGAAGCGGUGACCUCGUUAUGCGGCGGCCACGUGGACGUCCAGCUGGAUCCAAGAACAAACCAAAACCUCCGGUGAUAGUCACGCGCGAGAGCGCAAACACUCUUAGGGCUCACAUUCUCGAAGUCGGAAGUGGCUGCGACGUCUUCGAGUGCAUCUCCACUUACGCGCGGCGAAGACAGCGGGGGAUUUGCGUUUUGUCCGGAACAGGAACCGUCACUAACGUCAGCAUCCGUCAGCCGACGGCGGCUGGAUCUGUUGUGACUUUGCGAGGCACUUUCGAGAUUCUUUCCCUCUCUGGAUCUUUUCUUCCGCCGCCUGCUCCUCCAGGAGCGACAAGUUUGACUAUAUUCCUCGCCGGAGCUCAGGGACAGGUCGUCGGAGGUAACGUUGUUGGAGAAUUGGUGGCCGCGGGGCCGGUGAUGGUCAUGGCGGCGUCUUUUACGAACGUGGCUUACGAAAGGUUACCUUUGGACGAGCAUGAGGAGCACUUACAGGUCCAAAGCGGCGGUGGCGGAGGAGGGAAUAUGUACUCGGAAGCCAACGGAGGUGGCGGAGGCUUGCCGUUCUUCAAUUUGCCGAUGAGUUUGCCUCAUAUGGGAGUUGAAAACUGGCAGGGGAAUUCCGCCGGCGCUGGUAGGGCUCCGUUUUAGCUACUUUAGAACAAAAAAAAUGCAAUUUGUUAUUCCUCUUUUUAUUUUCACAGAAUUUAUGAAAUUAUGACUUUUAUCUUUUAAAGUUUCGAAAAAAAUAUUCCACUUAUUAGUGACUAGCACAUAGAUAGAAUCGUUAUAUAUAAAUUGUUGUUUGAUUUUUUUUUUGGUUAAUGUUUUGUCACCAUAUAAUUUCACAUAGGUUCUUUUGUAGCACACACUCAACGGGAUUAAUGUUUAAAACUGUCAUAGAAUAG